CAACUUUCAUAAAAUCGGCAACACUUUACGAAAUAACUUUCAUAAAAUUAAACUUUACAACACUUUACAAAACAACUUUAGUAAAAUUAAACUCUACAACAUUUUACGAAACAGCUUUCGUAAAAUUAAACUUGACAACAUUUUACGAAACAAAUUUUGUUAAGUUAAACUCAACUACAUUUUACGAAACAUCUUUCGUAAAAUUGAACAGGACAACAUUUUACUGAAAUCAUUCGUAACAAAAGUAUUUUACGAUACAACUUUCGGAGAACAAAAUUGACAACAUCUGCAAAAUAACUCUCGCAAAUAAAACUCAAAACACAAUUUGACGACUUUCGGAAAAUCAAACAAGAUCGUAAAAAAUGAUCAAUGGAAAACAAAGGGCUAGAACAGGACCAGUUCGCCCGCAAUUUGAAGAGCUGAGCCCUUCGUCGCCCACAUGACAGCAUGACCUUGCUGCUUCUUCCUCUUCUUCCACUUCACUUUUCCUCGAGUUGUCGACCGCUCUUCCUCACUUUGUCUCAAUGCUUUCGUAAAUGUUCCAUUUAUACAAAGGACGUAAUCAAGUUUUACGAGAUUCUAUCAUGUUGAGUCGAAAACUGCUACUCAUACACAUUUGAUAGAGCUUUCAACAAUAUAUGAAGUGCACUUGAUCAUUUUCUUAAAACCAACAAUAAAAAGAAACAAGAACAUAAACUUAGAACGGAGAAUUGGAAUCCUCCCUCACGUUGUUGAUGCGCUCGUUAGAGUUUCGUUAACGACCAAAUCAUACGAGAAUUAGAAUCGGGCUUUGCGAAGUUCCGCAACAUUGAGUCGAAAAUGGUGAUAGUUUUUGUUAGUUCAGUUAACUAUGAUCAUAGUGAAUAAUAUAAUGCAAAAUAAAAAACUUUAGAGGUUGAAUUCAAAGCUGCAAAUUUGGAGAGAAUACAUUCAAAUAUUAAAUUUAAAGUUUAGAAAGUUCAAAUAUAAUUUUUUUUGGGAGAUGCUCUAACGGAAAGAGUAGCAUAUUGACUUUGUUUGUCUGUCUAAGUUUUUUUCUAUUUGUUUCUUUUUUUUUUUCUGUUGUCUGUUUUUGCUUAUAUUAUUAUUGUGUGAGGAAUAGGUCACCCUCUUUUGUACUUUUGCACAAAAAGAAAAGAUAUUUUUUCGGGAAAAAAAAAUAAUUUGUAAAUUGGGUGUUUGUUGUUUGGUAGGCGACAUGUUUUUACUUCGUCUACUAUUUUCAUUGUUGUUUUUUUCUGAAACUACUAUUGUUAUUGUUUCCCAAUCACUUAAUUAAUUAAUAAAACUUGGAAAAAAAAGAAUGCCUUCAAACAGUGAUCGCCUCUUUAUGUGGUUCUGUUAGAUACCAAACCCAAUCACUCGCAUUUUCAUCUUAGCAUCUCUCUAAAUUCCUGCUUUUUAUAGCAUCUUCUCUCCCCCCAUACCAAUCACUAACCUCAUUAUUAUUUGUUUAGAUUCAAGCAGAUUUUAAUUAGCGGGUUUAAAGACAAAAUUCUGUAGCAAGAGAAUGCCUUCAAACAGUGAUCGCCUCUUUUUCUUUUCAGCUUCUUCCCUUACAUCUUCGUCAUCUUCUUCUCAGCUAAGCACUCCAAGUGAAUGUCAAAAUGGGUCUUCUCGAACCAUAUCGAAAUCUCCUCUCUGGGAUGUGGAGAAGGCCAAGUGCAGCUUCGGUUUCUCAAAGCCUAAGUCUAGCGAAGAACUGAAGGAAGAGAUAGCCGAGCUUGAGAAAGAGAUCUUACAGUUAGAGCGGUACCUUCUCUCGCUCUACAGAACAUCGUUUGGAGAUCAUUUGCAUGCAUUCAUGUUACGAGAUGAUUCUGCGCUUCCUCCACCAAAGCCAAACACGACUAAAUUUCAAAAUGACAGAGUCACUUCUGUGUCUGAUACAUCUCUCUCGUCUAGCGUCAAACCGUUGUCUGAAUCGGACAAUAAACAAAGAUCAGAGUUCAGCAACCCGAGUUUGGCAGAUCUUCUUGGUCUUAACACUCUCAGUUCCAAUAAACUCUCUGAAGAGAUUGUGAGACUUAUCUGUGUAAUAAUCAUCAAACUCUCAGACAAGGGACAAAGGAGAUUUGUCAAGAAUGAAAAAUAUGGAGAAGAACUUGGAGUUGUUAUCAAUACACUUUGCCUAAAUGAGGUCAAUUUGAAGUCCGUAGAGAGUUUUCUUCAGAAAUUCAGAUCAUUGGUUCAAAAGCUUGAGAAAGUUGAUCCAACAAGUAUGGCUCGGGAGGAGAAGCUUGCAUUCUGGAUCAAUAUUCAUAAUGCUCUGGUGAUGCACGCGUAUAUACUAUAUGGGACUGGUGAAGAUAUAACAAGCACAAAGGUCUUAAUGGCAGCAUUUAACAUAGGUGGGGAGUGGGUAAACGUAUACGAUGUCCAGAGUUCUAUUUUAGGAAUUCGUGCAAGCUAUUCACCAACACGUGUAUGGACGUUGUUUUCACCGGCUAGGAGUUCAAAGACAAGUAGGAGUCACACAUAUGCGUUGGAGUAUGCCGAGCCACUUCUUCAUUUUGCCCUUUCAACUGGAACGUUAACUGAUCCAAUGGUUCGAGUUUAUACAGCGGAAGGAAUACUCCAAGAACUUAGGCAAGCAAGAGACAGUUUCAUACAAACAAGUGUUGGAUUUGAAAAGGAGACAUGGAUUCUAUUGCCAAAGAUCAUUUACAACUACGCAAAUGACACUUCUCUGGACAUGGCUGAACUUUUCAAUACAAUAUCAGGGUGCCUAACAGAGACACAAAGAACACAAAUGAAAAGGGCUGUGAAAAAAAAGCAAGAUAGAUGCAUUCACUGGAUGAAGCAUGAUUCCGACUUCCGUUAUAUUAUCCAUUGUGGGAAUACGUAAGAGAUAGUCUAGGAAUCUGAACUCAUAUCUUUUGUAUCUAUAAUCGUUCCAUGUUCUUGUUUUACUACAAAAAGUUGUCUGCAUCACUUAUUUUAUAUAUGUGCAUUAUUAAUUUAUCAAUGAUGCAACCAAAAUUUGCAUCACCUAAAAUGAUUAUGAAAGUGAUGAUGUAAAUAUUUUACAACAAUUUAAGUAAAUGAUGCACAUAUUUAUAUGUUUUUGUU